CAGAAACACACAGAGAGGAGCAGAAACCCUUCACCACCCCUUCCUCCGGAUCUCCUCCUCUCCAUCAUGGAUACUCUUUGGGCUCGUACCCUUCUCUUUGCUGGAUAAACUUUUGGAUCUACACACGUAUCAUGGGAUUAUACUGUCUGCGCGCUCGGUCCCGUGGAUGUCUAUAGUCUUAAUGGAAACCAUGUCACCGCAGCAGGGGACCAUGAGACAGAACAGGUCCGACUCUCUGACCGAGGAGGGCAAGGCUCUUCCCGACAACAAAAAGAAGAUGAAGACCUUGGCCCAGAGACGUCAGUCGGCUCCCUCACUGGUCAUCAGCAAAGCACUUAACAGAUCGAGAAGCACAUCCAGGGAAAGCUGCUUGACGCCAGUCAGCCCGGAGUCGUGUCCACUGGUCCAGGCCUUCCUGGCUGAGUGUCCACGCCGUUUAUUCUUGGGUCAUAUUCAAACGCAGCUAAAGACCGGCCUGCAGACCCAGGAGAGACACCUCUUCCUCUUCACCGACACGCUGCUCGUCGCCAAGGCAAAGUCUUCCACUCACUUCAAAGUGAAGGCCCAGGUCCGAGUGUGUGAGAUGUGGACAGCCACCUGCCUAGAGGAGGUGUGUGAAGGAAGCACCAACCCGGAGAGGAGCUUCGUCAUGGGCUGGCCCACCUGCAACUGUGUGGCCACCUUCAGCUCUGAGGAGCACAAGGACAACUGGUUGGCACUCAUCAAAAGUCGGAUACUUGAGGGAAAAGAGAAGGACGACCCCAAGACCAUCCCUCUGAAGAUAUUUGCCAAGGACAUUGGAAAUUGUGCAUAUGCCAAAACACUUGCGGUCAGCAACAGUGACAACACCGCUGAUGUCAUCCGCAUGGCUCUGCUGCAGUUUGGCAUUUCGGGCUGCGAAAAAGACCACAGGUUGUGGGUGAGCUCCAGUAAGGAUGACCCUCCAUACCCUCUUAUUGGCCACGAGUUUCCCUUCAGCAUUAAGAUGAGCCACAUUCGGGAUGGAGGGGGCAACGGGGUCGGAGCAGGGAGGGAUCCGACCACUCCCACAGACUCUCCAGGGGUGCUGCUGCUGGACCAGUGUCUCCCCCCCGACACCCAGUGCCAGUUCAUCCUCAAACACAGCAAAGUUACCCCGGGACAGGCUUCACUUAUAGAGCCUGGUCAGCAGAAGUCCUUUAAGAGGAAGAGGUCUCUGAUCAACUGGCCUUUCUGGAGAGGCUCCAACACGCAGCUGGAUGGCCUCCCCCUCUCCCCGACAUCCCUCUCCCCGACUCAGGGUCGUCUGUUCGGACGCCCCCUGAGCUCAGUCUGCUCUCCAGACCAUGGCCUGCCCAAGCCUGUCAUGGACAUGUUGGUGUUCCUGUACCUGGAGGGGCCGUACACCAGGGGCAUCUUCAGGAGGUCAGCCGGGGCCAAAGCCUGCCGGGAGCUGCGAGACAGAGUGGACAGUGGAAGCGAAGACCCGGAGAUCACACACCAGUCUGUGUUCGUCAUCGCCGCUGUCCUCAAGGACUUCCUGAGAAACAUCCCAGGCAGCCUGCUGUGUGUGGAUCUGUACGAGCAGUGGAUGGAUGUGAUGGAGGGAGAGGCAGGGGAGGAGAGGACGCAAGCGGUCCAAAGGUUGCUGCAGUUCCUGCCCGCCGAGAACCUGCUGCUGCUGCGUCACGUGAUCGCCGUGCUGCACUGUAUCCAAGGCAACGCCCACGACAACCAGAUGAACGCCUUCAACCUGUCCGUCUGCAUCGCUCCCAGCAUGCUUUGGGCUCCAGCACCAAGCACCCCCGAGAUGGAGGGGGAGGGCACCAAGACGGUGUGUGAGCUGGUCCGCCUCCUCAUAGAGAACUGUACCAUGGUGCUGGGAGAAGACGUGACCUCACUGUUCAGGAGCUUCAGCCAGAAGAGCAGCAGCAGUGACCACGGCUCAGAUGUGUCAUCCUUCCAGAUGAAUGACUCGUCCUACGACAGUCUGGAGAACGAGCUGAACGACGACCCCGAGUCUCCCUUCCAGGAGCAGCUUCCUCUCCGAGACAAAGACAAGCCGGACAGCCGCAGCCGCGACUCGGUCAUUACGCUCAGCGACUGCGAUCCUGACCCCGACCCCGAGACGGACAACCUGCUGCAGCUCCCCCCGCUGGCCAGACCGCGGAGGUUCAGCCCUGCGGCCCGACAGCCCCGAACCCGCCAAUCAAACGGGCCGUUUCAGGGUCCCCGCAGGCUGAGGAGGAGCUCAGAGCCCGCCUUGGCUUUGUCCAGCACUCCUCCCUCGGACACUUUGAUGCGGCACGCCGAUCCAACGGGAGGAAAGGAGAGCUACGACGCCGCCAUGGAGAGGGAGGAGGAAGAGGAGGUGUUUCUGCAGCAGGGGCUGAGAGCCCUGCAUCUGAAGGAGGAGGAAGAGGAAGGCGGUGAAAAGGGAGGACCCAAAGUACCGAACGCUGGGCGGAGGAAGAUGAAGCACGCCCCUCCUCCUCCGCUGCGAUUGGACGCCAGCUGCUCCAGUCUGUCAUCACCCGCAACCUCCCCCACAGGCUCCUCCCUCAGCUCAUUAGACUCCGCCUUCUCACAGUACUCCACAGACUACGCCAGCAAUGGAGCGAUUCCAUUGGCCGAGCCUGCACCGCUCUCCCCUCUGUAUCCUGGACGACCUCCACUGUCACCGAGAGACUCACCGCCUCAGAGGGAAGCCCUGCCUCUUUGGCACACACAGGGCACUCGGACCAUUCAAACGCCCCCUCACCACCACGGCCUCCACCCUAACACUUGGCUAAAGAGGGACCGCCGCCUGUCACUCAAGCAAACUGAUAACGGACACUCGGAGGAGCCUGAGGUAAACGGGAAAGCACACACAAAUGGUAACGGCUGCUCUGACGUGAAGGAGGUCGAACUGAAUCGAAACUGCCAACGCAGAUCCAGCAGCCCCCCGUCCUACCAGCAGGCGUUACAGCAGCUGCAGCACAGUCGCUCGCCUUUCUACAGGGGCACAGAGAAACCUCUGACGGUCCGAGAGCUGAGACAUCUCCAAGACCCGACCUACAGAUCCAGCCUCAAACCACUCACAGGAAGUGAGGUCACACACAGGACUGCUAGAAAUGAGUGUGUGCAGCCCCCACAGGGUGUUUUCUAUGGACAGAACGCCACCACCCUGGUCCUCAAGAAGCAAAAGUCCCACUCUGUCGCCUUGGACGGACACAAAGGGCAGAGGACGCUCCCUCUUCCCCGCCGAGCAUCUGAACCCUCCAAGGUCACGGCGGACUCGCCCUGCAGCCUCACCCUGGACAGACCCCGCUUCUCUAAGGCUCCCCCAAAAGAUGCCGGCCUGAGAGUGUCGCAGGUGGAGCCGACCAACGCCGAGCCACACUUCUGCCUGUCCCCCUCCGCCACCCGGGCUGUAAGGGACUACUUUUCCUCGCAGGGUGAGGAGGAUGCGGACACCUGCCUGCGGAGGAGUCAGGAGGUGGCGCUGGCCAUCGUUCAGGGGAAGAGGGACUGGCAGAGCAGGCGGUGCAGCGACCCACCGGCGGAGGACUUCGACCAGCUUUUUUUUGCAGAAGAGUCAUACGUGUAAAUAAGAACUCUGUACAGACGGAUCGUGUUUAAUUCACUUGUAAACAACUCAUUGUUGAUGUGAUAAUACUCCCCCAAAUACACCUUGUUCAGUCGUAGUCAUCCAUAUGAGGUGUUCCAGUCAAGGUCUUCGAUUUGAAAAGGUACAGAUGAACUUCUCCGCCUCCUUGUGGACGUAAAGUACUCUUAUGUAUCCCUGUUAACAGCAGACUUUGAGUUGGUUGUAACUUAUUAAACUUACAUUUUGAUAGCUCUUUGAUGAAGUUGCUUUGUAACACUGCAGUUUGGGGGUCCAAAAAUGAUUAAUUAUGGAGGCGUGAUGCUUGAUUCUUUGAAUUCAACACAGAGAAGAUGUGAUUCAUUGGACAUCUGGGUCCCUGAACAACCAUUAAAGCUGCUGUCAAAACAAGUCAGAGUUACAGCUCUAGUGCCAAAAAAAUCUGGUUCCUCCUAAACAAAUAUUUAGUGUAUCUUUGUUUUGGAAUGUGAUGACGCUAAAAAGAAAUGAAGGAGAAAGGACAAAGGAGUACUGUUUAAUUCGCUGGAAGCUUUUCAAAUAAAGACAUAUUUUUUUACCAGCCAGCAGAAAACCCCUUGAGGCUGGUGGGAAAUCAUAGCAAAAUGCAUCAAAUUGAUUUAAAAUUUGGCAAAAUGUUCAUGGAAAUGUAGUCUUUACUGCAUAUUAUUGUAGACUUCUUACUUUUCUUGUGCGGAACGAAGCAAAUCAACAUUUUUUUUAAAAAGGAAAUACAAAAACGUGACAGUGACUUCCUGCAAAUACUAAUCAAAUGUCAUCCACAGCACCGGUUAUAUUCCAGAAGAGGAACGUUUUAGGCACUAUACACAUUUAAAAACGCUUUCAAAUUUGUAUCUUUUGUGACAAAUUGCCUCUGUGAAGUGGAACGUUUCUUCCCGAGUGAGUGAAGCGUUUGUCCGUGUGAAUCAAUAGGGCCGGUAUUUAUUCAUAAGAGCCGAGUUUCCAGACACACAGUACGCACUGUUGUCCCUGCAGCUCUGGUUUAUAUCUCUGUGACCAGGACGGGGGAGGGAGGAGGGAGGAGGAAGACGAGGAGUUAUCUCUCUCUGUGUGUGUGUGUGUGUGUGUGUGUGUGUGUGUGUGUGUGUGUGUGUGUGUGUGUGUGUGUGUGUGUGUGUGUGUGUGUGUGUGUGUGUGUGUGUGUGUGUGUGUGUGAGCAAAAGGUGUUCAUUGAAAGUGUGUCCUGUGCGGGAAUGUGAGAAAAUGCGUGCCAUUGAAGGAGAAAUGUGUUUUUAUUCUUGCUUGUAUAGCACUUCAUUAUUCUAUAAAGAAACCUUUUCAGUCACACAAGAAUGACAAGGAUACAGCCUGUGUGUGUGUGUGUGUGUUGAGUUAAUACUCCACAGUAUCUUUUAACUGUUGUAUGGUUUGUCCAUAAUUGUAUGAUAUUUUUGUUCCAGUGCUGCAGUAAUGGUGUUGAUUUUAGGUGUCGCUUGACAAAAAAAACGACCUUAUUUCACUGUGCAUUCAUUUAUUGAAAGUAUUCGAAUUCAUACUUAUAAAUAAAUAUUCUUGGCACAAUGUAGGAGCAAAUGUUUAAACCCAGUGUUAUUAUGAGCUUAUCAUAUCUUUCCCAAAGCACACACACUGCAAUGAUGUCGUUGUCAUGUUAAGCGACGCCUCUUUAAAUGAUCUUAAAUGUACUUUAUCCCGUAUGAAUAUUUUAAAUGUUAUCUCCAUUACAGUGAAUUGUGUUCAUCUUGUAUAGUUCUGCUAUAUUUAUGAUACAGAAAUAUAUAAAUAUAUAUAUUAAAUAUAUUAUCUUGAUACCUUGGUAUGUUUUGUUGUGUGAGGAAAAUCAAAUGUGUAUUUUUGUACAUGCCAAUUCUGCUGCUGCUGCUGUCUCUAUAGAAAGUAUAUUUGCUACAAAAUGCACCAUUUGUAUAUUGUGUAAAUUUGAUGUUGAAAUAUCAUUGAUUUUAAUAAAUGUUGCUGUUGUGAAACUA